UCAGACGCGCCCUCACUCGCAGAAACAAUACGCGGUGCCGUCUUGGUCUUUUGGAACCCUAAUCCCUAAGAACCCUAAAUUGUUCUUGCUUGCGUUCCGGCUUGCAAACUCCGAUCAAGCUCAACUCCGAUCAAGCUCAGCUUCAGACGUUCUCUGUCCGUGAUCAACGUCCUCAGCCUCAGCUCAGCUUGCGUCCAGCUCAGACCAAAUCCCCGACCAGACGCAACCGUCCGCGAGAAGAAACAAGCUCGCGAUAGCUCUCGGCAACACGACCCGAUAGGAACCGUUCCGCGUCAGUUCGUCUCAGCUCGUCUCUGAUCUUUGGUGGUCCGGUUCAGACCUGCAAAACAAAGGUAAUCCUAAUUCUGAGAACAUGAAUCGAACCUGAUUGUUUGUAAAUAUUGAAACCCUAAAAACUAAUCUCUAAGAUGAAAGCCUUAAGACAAAUAGAUCAAACCCUAAAAGAGUAAAUCAGAGUUCGAAUAAGUCCGAUCCCCUAAACCAUAAUUCGAGAUUGAUCCAUUGAUCAAUUAAAAUCAAUGUUUUAAUGAUUUUGAAUCUCAAAUCAAACUCCCUUGAUCAAAGAUCAAAGUUUUCGAAAUCCCCUAAAACCCUAAUUUUGGAAUCAAAAACCCUAAACCUAUAAGCUUGAAAUCGAUUUUAUUUGUUCUUGUUUGAUUGAUUGUUUUGACAAAAUCUGAGGUUUAGGAUUGUUAGAUUGAUUGAAAUAAUCUGAUCUAGAAUUUAAAUCUUAAAGGCCUUGAAACCUUAAUCUUAAAAUCGAAUUCUACUAGUGUUUAAAUUGGAAACCCUAGAAUUAAUUAAGGAUUGCUUGCAUACAUAUGAAUCUGAAUAUGAAUUGCAUUCAUACUGUUUAAAUAAGAAUCGGCCAGCAUGUAGUUAUAAAAUCUUGAAACCGUUUGCAUUAAGUAGAACUACAUGGCCGUGUGGCUUGAUGAUUGUUUCGCACCAUGGUCGAUUAGAUUGCUUGAUUUUCAUAAAUGCGUAAGACAUGUUUGUGGCCGAGCUUGUUGAUUAUCUUGCGGCCACAUGAUCACAUUGUGAGACUUAAUUUUGAAUGAUGAUGUGAUUCAGAUGUCGAAAAUCUCAAACAAAGACUAUGCAGCCCUUAUUCUCUCCGGAGAUAACUACUUGCAGUGGGCGCUAGAUACAAAGAUCAGUCUAAGGUCAAAGGGACUUGGUGAUACUAUCAUCAAGGGCAACAAUGAGACAAAUAAGAAUCGGUACAUGGCUAUAAGUAUUAUACGCCAUCACCUCAUUGAAGGUCUAAAAGAUCAGUACAUCACGAUGGAAAAUCCACUAGAACUUUGGGAUGCUUUACAGCAUAAAUAUGAUCACCAGAAAACGGUGUUACUUCCAAAGGCUAGAAACGACUGGAAGAAUCUUAGAUUCUUGGAUUAUAAGUCGGUGGAUGAGUACAAUUCAGUCUUAUUUAAGACGGUCUCGAUGCUGAGACUUUGUGGUGAAGUAGUAACCAAAGAAGAGUUACUUGAGAAGACUUACUCUACAUUCCAUUCAUCGAAUGUGAUACUGCAACAACAGUACAUAAUGAAAAGCUUCGCCACAUAUACUGAUCUGAUCUCGUGCCUGCUUCUGGCCGAGGCAAACAAUGAGCUCCUGAUGAAGAACAGUGAAGCUAGACCUGUUGGAACAACACCAUUACCGGAAGCUAAUGAAGUUGAAAAGAAAGAACCCAACGAGUACAAUUACGUCCAAAACAAUAAGAGAUCACACGGCAAUGGUCGUGGUGGUUACAAGGGGCGUGGCAGUGACAAUUACUCGAACAGCCGAGACAACUACUCGACCGGCCGGAAAGGAAACCACAAUAACCGUGGUCGUGGUUCCAAUUAUGGUCGUGGCCGAGGUAGUUAUGGUCGUGGUCGAGGCGGCAUAUCCAAACCGUCUUACUCGACCAAAUCCGUUUGUCACAGAUGUGGAAUGGGAAACCAUUUGGCCAAAAACUGUAGAACCCCUAAGCACUUAUGUGAGCUCUACCAAGAAAGUCUUAAGAACAAGAACCAUGAGGCUCACAUGGUUCAUGAUUCCGGAUAUGAGGCUGAUAAUGAUUUCGACAUUGCUAAAGAUGAUCGAAUGGAUUUUGAGACUUCUGAUUGUCUCAAAGACUAAAUUUCGAUACGACUUGUCAUAUUGCUUUAUGAUUUGCUUUGAUGUUUCACGAUUUUACAUAUACAAUGGAAUUGGUUUUGAAUUCAUUAUCUUGCCUGAUCUUACUUGAACAUAUGAAUGAUUCUAUUUUUGCCUAAAGAGCAUAAUACCAAGUAAGAAAUCAUGAAAGGGGUAUAAUAAGCAUAGUAAAGAAACUAUGGCUAAGGCAUUGCCUUAAAAGGCA